ACAACUAUUGGCCAUUUUUAAAUUUGGGUUAUGUUAUGACGAUAGUAGGAAAAAAUGUCCACAGUUUUAUUUACAUUACCAGAAUUAUAUCACUCAUAUAAAUCAUGGGUGAGCAAAAACCCGAGUUCUCUGGGAGAUUGGGAAAGCAGUGUAAAAUGGAUCUCUUACUUUUUAGCAGGAAGAAUAAAUAAUUCUCAUGUAGUAUCAGAAUUAAUUUACUGUCUAUCCAAUCUUUUGGUAAUGUUCAAUGACAGAAUCAUAAAGAAGGCACAAAAGGUUCAUAGCAACAGUACUGCAGAAACAAUAAAGCUUUGGUUAACUGUAAUUGAAUAUUCUGAAGUGUUCUGUGAGCUUUCUGCUAACAGAAUUUGGGGCAAUACUGGAAAAUGGAUUGUUAUAGUAUCAAUACAAGUGUUCAAGUGUAUUUCAAGACUAUUUUUAAUCUUCCAUUAUAAAGAACCCAUCAUUCAGAGUCCUCCAAUUCCAGUUCUGAAUAGGAAAAAUGUAGCAGCUAGCAACCAAAAAUAUAUAUCUGCAAGAGAUGUUGCUCAAUCAGAAUUUGAUUCAGUGUCAUUCACCUUAAAAAGGUCUGGUAGGGUCGUGAGAAAAGUGGAUUCGUCUCCUCCAUUGGGCUUACGAGAUUGGAAACCUCUACCAAAAAUGUCCUUAAUGGGGGUGGAAGAAGGUCAAACAUUAAAUAAUGCGUUGGCCAAAAGAGAGUUGAUUGCAGAAACUGUGUACAUUUCAAAACCUAUUAUUCAUCUGGCAGCAAUGGCUUGUUUGGGAACUAAUACAUGGAAACCAUGGGCUGUGUCUUUAGCAUUGGACUUUGCUAGCUUGGAACUGUAUAGAUCCUGCACUAAGAAGGAUGUAAAGUCAGUCACACCACAGCAAAGGUUGCAAAUAUCAAAAAGAACCAUAUUACUGCUGCUAUAUCUUCUACGAUCCCCAAUGUAUGAAAAACAUAGCAAAGACAGAGUACACUCAUUUUUGAUGACUUUGAGUAAAGUUCCUCUAGCUGGUCUAAUAUUUACACCGUUAGCUCAGUAUCUGCCUUUCUGGCAGAGUACAUACUUCUAUAUGUGGUCUUCUUAAUUUAUUAAUUUUCUGGGUUAUAUAAUUUGUAGUUUGGUAUAAUUUGUUUCAUACAAUGUUCUCUCUAAUUCCUUUAUUUAGACACAUUAGUAAGAACUGUUCAAAACCUGUUUGUGUGACAAAUCAGCAUUUUAAAGCCCGGGAGAUAGUGUCAAAUUUGACCGGAGCAUUUUAGCAUGGCUGUUUUUUUUAUUUGGCAAGAAAAGGUAAAAUAUGUAACUUGAUGGAAAAACGCUACCUCAUAUAUGUCAAAUAUUUAUCUCCGUGACUUACAUCUAUUAAUGGCCUAUAAUACUUGGUUCCUAGCUUUCACUCAGGCGACCUGGGUUCAAUUCCUGGCGUUGAAAUUUUUUUUUUUUUGUUUUUAAAAUUGACAUUUUAUUUUAAAAAAUUGAUUAUUUUUAUAAUACCACGUUUUUAUUAUUUAUACGAGACGUCUAUGUCUUUUAUAGAAUUGUAAACUAUGCAUUUGAUCAUAUUAUGAUUGACCUUAAUAAGCAAAUUUGUUGUAUCUACAUGAACCCCUGAAGGUUUCUGAGUUGGUACGACCAAUCUAAGUGAAAAGGGGAGUGCCCCCCCCCCGAAAUUAUUUUUAAUUUUUUUGGAUAAACUGUUUUUGAAUUUAUGAAUUUUAGAUUGUAAUAAAAAAGCGUCAGCUGCAUCAUGUACGUGGCAAAUCUUUUUUUAUAUAUUAUAGAGAAUGGGGAAAUAUUUAGAUUGCUAUUAAAAAAUGGGGGUUGGUGAUAGAAAAGUGAAAAAUUAGGUUGUAUGACAUGUAUCUUUUGGUUCUACAUCAUAUAAAAUUAAUAAAAAACAGUUUGUCCAAAAAAAUAAAAAAUAUAUAUCGGAAGGGUGGUGGGGAGGGCAACCCCCUUUUCACUUAGAUUGGUCGUACUAACUCAGGUUAGUAACUUAGGCCAGGAAGCUUCAGGGGUUCAUGUACAACAACUUUGCUUCAUACAUUUUAUGAUCAAAUGCAUAGUUUAUGAUUCUAUAAAAGACAUACAGACUUUUUAUAUUGUGUCGUAUAAAUAAUAAAAACGUGGUAUUAUCAAAAAAUAAUUAUUUUUCAAAAUAAAUUGUCAAUUUAAAAAAAAAAUUCAACGCCAGGAAUUGAACCCGGGUCGUUUGAGUGAAACUAGAACCCAUGUAUUCUAGGCCAUUAAUAGAUGUAAGUCACGCAGAUAAAUAUCUGACAUAAGUUGUAGCGUUUUUCCAUCAAGUUUCAUAUUUUACCUUUUCUUGUCUAAAAUCCCCGGUUUUGGGCCAACUGACACAUCAUUUGUUAAUAAGCUUUGGAACACCUAACUAAAUAAAAAUAAAACAUCUAUGCUAAAAUGCUCCUGUCAAAUUUGACACUACCUCCCGGGCUAUUAAUAUUAUAUGGAACAGCACAUCUACAUAUACUAGGGCAGUCCGAUAAGUACUUAGCCUACAAAUGAAAAACAAAAAUUUUGCGAAAAGUGGCGAUUUAUUUCUGAAGGUGGUCUCCUUUUAGCUCGAUACACUUGACCCAGCGAUGCUCUGACUUCUUUAACCCGUCUGAAACAUAUGUUUUCUUGAGGUCUGCAAAGUAGCCUUCCCUGGCGGCGAUGAACUCCUCGUUCCACUUAAAUUUCUGCCCGGUGAGUUAAUUUUCCAGUUUGGAAACAAAUAUAAGUUUUACAGGGCCAAAUCUGGAGAAUACAGUGGACGGGACAGCAAAUCGUAGCUUAAUUCGACCAAUUUGGCUAUGAUAAUGGCCGAUGUGUGAGCCGGAGCGUUCUCGUGGUGGUUUUUUCUUCGUCAAAUGGGUCGUUUUUUUUUCUGAAAUUCGGCGUAAUAAUUCUAGGAAAGCUCUUUAGCAGUUUUGCUCCUUUCCAGGAAGUCGAUGUAGAUCACCCCUUGUGAAUCCAAGAAAACGGUGGCCAUCGCGUUUCCGGCCGAUAGGACAGUCUUCGCCAUCUUCAGAGCAUGUUUGCAAGUUGAUGUCCACUGUUUCGACUGUUCCUUAGACUCUGGUGUGUACCAGUGGAUCCAUGUUUCGUCGAUGGUUAUGAAACAACGUAGAAACUCCUUCGGAUUCGCUUAAACAGCUUAAACACUAUUCUGAAGUGGUCUCACGGUUGCACUUAUUGUCCGAAGUGAGCAGACGCGCCAUCGCUCCGACAGCUUUCUCAUGUCCAAAAUUUCAUGCAGGAUAUAACCCACGCAGUCUGUUGAGAUGCCUACGGUCUCAGAUAUCUUGCGCACCUUCAAUCGGCGGUUUGCUAAUACGAGAUCGUGGAUUUUUUCACAUUAUCCUCUGUGGUAGCCCUUUUCGGGGCACAUGGGCAUGAUUUAUCAAAAACCGACGUGCGACCACGUUGAAACUCGUUAAAUCAACUUUGACGGUCGCCAUCUAAAAAGAAUGGGCACCGUACACAGCAUCUAAGUGUUUCCCAAAGUGGGUCCCACGCCCCACAGGGGGGCAAUUUUAUUUUUAAGGGGGGCAGUUCAAAUACGGACUCGACAUGAGUUUAACCCUUUCGUUCGGGCCAUUUGAAUACAAUUCUAAAUUUCGGUGAAGAACAUUAAAGUCUCUAUUUACUGCUCAUACUUCAACUAAUAAUCGUGUGCUUAAGGCUAAUCAAUUUUUUUUAUUCAUCGCUAAAACGGGAAAAAGUUAAACUAUAGGAAAUAAUUUAUUAAAACCGUCAAUAUCAGCAUUUCUUAAAACGGUUCGUGAAAAAGAUGUACAACGAUGUAAAAGCUAUGCCGCUCAGUAACAAUACUAUUAGCAGAAAAAUAUAUGGAAUGGGUAAAUAUAUUCAAAAACAACUUGUUGAAAAGCUGAAAACAAGAAAUUUUUCAGUGCAAGUGGAUAAAUUAACUUUGAGAGACAUUGAGGCAGUAUUGAUACUCAUAUCAUGUGCUGCUGAUGGUGCUCCUAAUAUGAUGGGCAAGAAAAAUUCCUGCUUAAAAUUUAUGAAAGAUGCGAAUCCAGAAAUAAUUCUUGUGCAUUGUGUUAUUCAUAGGGAGAACUUAGUAGCUAAAAACAUCUCGCCUGUUAUAAAUAACGCACUAUAUUCCGUAAUAAAGUCUAUUCCGUCUAUUCAAGCUAUUUUGUGAAAAACAAAAUGAAGACCACGUGAGACUUUUACUUCAUACUGAAGUAAGAUGGCUAUCUGAAGAGAACUGCUUGAAACGACUUAUGGAAAUGUUUGAUACUGUUAGUGAUUUUUUUAAGCGACAAACCUGAAAUGAAGUAUCUGUUAAGUACAUCAUCAUGUUGUCAUCUACAAUCGAUGGCAGAGCAUUUGUGAGUUAUUUAGUCGAAAUCUUUGAAAAACUAAAUACAUUAAGUAAGCAACUUCAAAGAACAAAUAAAACUAUUGUCGAUGCAGAACGAAGAUAUUUGGUUUCAUUACCCAUAUUGAGUUAUAGUAUGAUAAAAUUGAUGCAAAUAAUGCCAUAACCCAGACAUCCAAAGUGAAAGUUAUCCUCCAACACCAAAUUGUUCUAUAUGGUCCACAUAAUGUUCAGAAAAAAGUCACACCAUUUUGAGCGUCGCGGAGGGGGGGGGGAGAAAUCGGUAAAUUCGUAGUUUUUUACGUUUUUCGUCAAUAUUUCUGAAAGUAUGCGGUUUAGCAUGAACCACCUUCUAUAGAAAAAUGUUCUACAUUAAAUUUGAAAUAAAAAAGGUCCUAUGCAUAAUCCUUCUAAAAUGAACGGUUCCAAAGUUACGGAGGUAGUAUAGUGUAAUUGGUCCAAAAAAACGCCUAACCCAGACAUCCAAAGUAAAAGUUUUCCUCCAGCACCAAAUUGUUCUAUAUGGUCCACAUAUUGUUCAGUAAAAAGUUACAUACUAUACAAAAAUGUUCUACAUAAAAUUUAAAACAAAAAAGGUCCUAUACAUAAAAAUACCGUUAUAAAAUCAACGGUUCCAGAGUUACGGAGGGUGAAAAGUGGAGGUUUUCGAUACUUUUUAUAUUAUUUGGACAAUUGAUGAUGAUUUUGGGUGGUGAGGUUGACGUUUCUUCAAAGGCUUAUCACUAACAUACCAUCGGCCACUAAACUAGCAAAUUUUAUUUACAAAAAAAUUUCUUUCAUUAGUAAUAAUAUUAUAAAUUGCCCAAAAAAUAUAAAAAUUAUCGAAAACCUCCACUUUUCACCCUCUGUAACUCUGGAACCGUUGAUUUUAUAACAAUUAUGUAUUGGAUCUUUUUUGUUUUAAAUUUUAUGUAGAAAAUUUAAGUAUAAAACAUAAUUUACGCUAAAGCAUAGUUUUAGAAAUAUUGACGAAAAACGUAAAACAACUAUUAAUUUACCGACUUCUCCCCCAUCUCCCCUCCAAACCGGAGGCUCAAAUUGGUGUAACUUUUUACUGAACAAUAUGUGGACCAUAUAGAACAAUUUUGUGCUGGAGCAAAACUUUUACUUUGGAUGUCUGGGUUAGGCCUUUUUUUGGACCAAUUAUAAUAUACUAUCUCCGUAACUUUGGAACCGUUCAUUUUAGAAGGAUUAUGCGUAAGGCCCUUUUUAUUUCAAAUUUUAUGUAGAAUAUUUUUGUAUAGAAGGUUGUUCAUGCUAAACUGCAUAGUUUUAGAAAUAUUGACGAAAAACGUAAAAAACUACGAAUUUACCGAUUUCUCCCCCUCUCCCCCAAACCCGACGCUCAAAAUGGUGUGACUUUUUUCUGAACAUUAUGUGGACCAUAUAGAACAAUUUGGUGUUGGAGGAUAACUUUCACUUUGGAUGUCUGGGUUUGGGUCUAGUUAUACCAUACUAUUAUGUCAGAAACAUAUUAACAAUAAAAACUUUCAUUUGCUCAGUUUCAGUUGCUCCAAAAAUGUGAAAGUAACUGAUAUCGUUUUACUUGCUAUUGUCAAUUAUCUGAAUAUUCUUGUAGAUGAUGCAGCCAAUGUUAGUGGAUUUGUCUGAUCAAAUAUGUAGUAUCAAGAAGAACUAACAGACUGUUAUGAAUGAGUCAGUGAAAAACUUUAUUUAAUAUAGAAGGAGCGAUGGCAUUGCUUUUUGAGGAAUUAAAAGUCAAAUAUCGAAUUUCAACCAAAUGUGCAAGAAAGCUAAUGCUACUGUUUCCAUCUUCAUAUUUAGUUGAGUAUGAAUUUAGUGCUGUAAAUGAUUUACUGGUAAACAACAAAGUAAUCGGCUUGAUAUAACACAAGGAGACUUGAGACUGAAGUUAAGGAAAUUGGAACCUAAUAUAAAAUCUCUGGACAGCAGGCAGCAAGAAUCAAGCGCCAGGAGCUCAUGUAAUUAAAAUAAAUCAAUUUAGAAAAAUCUGGAAAAUUAAUAUUUGGCAUUUGAAUGUUUCAUUAUAUGUUUUAAAAAUCCACUUACUCCGUUUCGUUACAAAUUUCCUAGCGAUUUCAUUCUAAAACCUAUCAUAUUAGAUUUUUUAAUAUUAAAAAUUAUGUAUGGCACAUAGGGGGCAUAAGAAUUUUAGAAAGAAUAAGGUGGGGCGUGGCACAAAAGGGGUUGGGAAACACUGACUAAGCGUUCUUUAAUUUCAUUGUGCGAUUUCCAUUACAAAAACAAGAAUUUAAUCACCAACGGACAUUGCUCUUUUUCCAUUUUUCUAAAAUCUUGCAGACACGCCCGCUUCCACACGCUGUCAAAAUAUAACUAAGAGUCCGAGAUUUGGCUGAAAUUUUUACAUAGGCUGUCUAGAGCAUGUAUUACACGAUAGGAGAUAUAUCUUGCGAGAUUAGCGCCAUCGGACGGUGAGGCUAUGUACUUAUCAGAUCACCUCAUGAGUCAAUAUACUUAGGAUACAUUACCAAUGAAUUUAACAUAAAUGUCUUUCUUGUUACUUUUUUUUGUUAGUGAUUUGACAAGUUGUAAUACUUCAUUUAGCGGUAGAUUUUAUUGCUAUUUUUAGAUUUCGUCUCGUUUUUAGUUUUUAAUCUCUUCCCCUUUAGUCCCAAUACUUUAUGUUCUUUAAUACAUUUCUUUUCAAGCACUUCCGGAAAUCCGUUUUUUCUUAUUUUCUCAAUGAUGACAGUACCAUGCUUGUUUUUUCCUGUUGCUUUUACUUAUUUCAACGUAUGUUAAAAUAAAUAUAAUAACAUCAUACAUUUCCGUAAAAACAAGAUAAAACUUGUUCAAGUUGUUUGGUUGGUAGUGAUUUGAAAUAAGUCAAUCAGAAUUGACACAAUAUUGAUCCAAAUGCAUACAAACCGUUCGUUGAUACAAACAGUCAAAGUUGUGUAACAUUUUACAUGUCUCGAGACCAGCACUUCGAUAUAUUUAUUUUUAUUUAAUUUAAUUACGAAGACAUAAUAUCGUCGCCUUAGUACUAUAACUUGAUAACUCCAAAAUUGACGUUUUUGAGAUAACUAGUUCACAAGAUGUACUUUAUUUGCCUCCAUCUUGUGUUAAAACUUGAUAACUCGCUCCAAACGGGUUAAGUAUUUAUUUAUGAUUGACGAAAGUUGAUAAAACUCAAAUGCCCCUAAUAUUCAGUGCUAAAACUCGACAAGACAAGUUAUCAAGUUAUUGUUUAAUCGAAAUAAUCGUGAAUACGACAAUAUACGACUGAAUGCUAUAACUAGCUAACUCUAUUUAUCUAGUUGUAGCACCUGUUUCUCUUAAACCAUUGAGCUUACCACGUAAUUGCUAUCUGUUUAUUCGGUUCAUGUUAAUGCAAAAAUUCGAGAAUUGUUAGCAGAUCUGGCAACCCCCAUGGCAGAGGGUUAAUUUUCACCAAAAUAAUGCUUAAAAUGUUAGUUUUGUUAAAAAGUUCACUUAGAUGCAACUUGGCACGACAUGCGACAUUACCAAAUGUUAACAUUAUGGUAGUGCUAAAAGUUGAUAACUUUAAUUUUUCAUGGUAUUUUCCAUAUUUGAAAACAAAUUUGCACCGUAUUCCUAAAUAGAUCAGUAGCCAAAAAGUUAAGGAACAGUAUUUUAGAGCUGCAGAGUGAAUUCCGUAUUUACCAACAUCAUGGUAGCAGCACAAAUAUCUUUAAAAUCUUUAAACCCGUUUAUCUCAGAACUAUUAAUUUCGAGUUAUCAAGUUAUAGUAUUAAGGCGACGAUAUAUAGGUAUAAUUAUAAUAUCAUAUUUUAUUGUACUUUUGGUCAGUUGGAUAUAUAAAGGUAUGAUUAAUACAUUUUGUUGAAAGCUAUUAUGGUAUUUGGGUAUUUGGUUGGGUGAUUGCGAAGAUUUAUAUUCCAAUAAGAUGUAAAAUUUGUAUAUUUUUAUAUGUAAAAUAUAGUGAUAAGUUAUAUAUUCAA